GGCGGAUCUGUGAAGGAUGCUGUCAACACGGCUUUAAACUUUCAAGGUUCCCGAUAUUUCAUCGACUGUGUUUUGGAUAGCUGUCUGCGAGGAACACAUCCCAGUAGAGAAUGUGGGCGUCAGAGGUGACCUUCAGUCAGUGCUGACUACUCUUCAUGGCUGGAUGUUGGUCCUGACGGUGCGUGCAGCAGCAGCAGUAGGGGCAGCAGUGUUUUGGUCCGUGGCAGCACCACUAGGCUCUGAUCAACAUUCCCGAGUAACUUCUCACACUGAGUCUUGUUGACGAGACGGCCGGCCGGGGUACAGACAGAGGCACAGAGCAGAGCCACCAGCAGGAGGGGACUCACUGAGGGACAUCCACAGCGGGGGCAGGAGCCGGAGCCAGAGCUGGGGACACACAGAGGGGACUGAGGACAGGCCCCAAGCACCGAGAACCAGCCACGGCAGCAACUUUACAGGUUGCCUCCUCCACCUCAUCUCCACUCCUCCUCCAGGCUCUUCUCCUCCUCAUAGCUCAUCUCCUCUCCUCCGCUCCUCCCACGGCCGUGAGGAUGUCCAGGCGAGGGCUCCGCAGGGGGCCAGCGUACAGGGACAGCUCCCAGCGGGGAGCGCUUUAAAGCGGGCACGCUCACGAGCACCGUAGGGGGGGGGGAGCAACUGGGAUCCGGAGAAGGCUCCAGAACCAACCAACACCUCCAGGCACGAAGGAACGGAGAGACACUGAGAAUUGCAGAGAGAAAAAGAGAGAUUGAGAGAGUGACACCAAGAGAGGAGGAGAGAGAAAGAACAAGGGAUUGAGAGAGUGGGAUUAAGCACAGAGGACAAACUCAAGUAGUUGAUCGACUCGGCGGGGAGAGGGAGAGAACAGAGAAGGGGGAGGCGUGUGUGUGUGUGUGUUUGGUGGGGGGGGUUGUGGGUAGAAACAGGAGCAAGCACAGCUCAGAAACCCUAUCCUCUGAUCGCUCCAGCAGACUGAUAGAGACCCGCCACAGACACACGGACAGACAGUCCCAGAGAGCGUGUGAGGAUCGCUCGAGCGAAAACGAAAAUCAAGACGGGGGGGCGAACGAGGGAGGAAGUGAGGCAUCCGAUCCGACCCUCGGGGCUCCACGUGAAGGAGAGGAGAGGAAGAAGUGACAGCAGCGAGAGAUCAUCGGACACCCAAAGAGAGAGAGGGAAGAAGGCGGAGGGAAGACGAGAGCGAGGGAUCGCGGGAGAGACGGCAUUGUUAGCGUCGGGGCGCGUCAUGGGCUAUGGGGGCCAUGGUGACCUAGCGUAAAUGGCUACUCUUGCCCACAAGCUGCUGCCAGUGUCUGCUGCUCAACCCUUCUUCUCCUCCUCCUCCUCCUCCUCUAUCCCCCCAUCCUCUUCCUCCUCCCACUGCUCCUCAGUUGUCCCCCUGCUCUCCUCCUCCUCUUCCCCUGUAACCUCCUCCUCUCCUCCCUCCUCCUCCUCUUACCCCUCCUCCACCUGCUCCUGCUGCUCCUGCUGCUCCGGGGAGGGUCGAGUGCCCUCCGUACCCAGCCGCGUGCCCCCAUCAUGGGCCUGUGGAAGCUGGUGCGGGGCCUGCGUCAGCUGGAGCUCCACCGCCUCAUCCUGGCCCUCAUCGUCUUCUGCCUGCUCUCCAUGGCCUUCCUGGCCUACUAUGUCUCCAACAGCCCCAAGAUCAAGGAGGCGCCCCCCAUGCCCUUCAGCGACUGCGGAGGGGGCGCCAACCUCGGGGUGCCGCCCAACGGGGCCGGGCUGGGAGGACUCGGGGCCGAGGGAGGCGGCCAGAGGUCGCCCCUCUUCCUGCUCAACCCGGCGGGGGGUCGGCUGCGGGACGCUGCGGAACAGGCCCGGGUGCGGCUGUCGGACCCGACCCGCACGGAGCCGGUGGUGCUGGUGUUUGUGGAGAGCAUCUACUCACAGCUGGGCCAGGAGAUCGUGGCCAUACUGGAGUCCAGUCGCUUCCGGUACCACACCGAGGUGGCACCCAGCAAAGGGGACAUGCCGACGCUGAUGGAGCGCGAGCAGGGCCGCUACGCGCUGGUGAUCUACGAGAACCUCCUCAAGUAUGUGAACCUGGACGCCUGGAACCGCGACCUGCUGGACAAGUACUGCUCCGAGUACGGCGUGGGCCUCAUCGGCUUCUUCAAGGCUAACGAGAACUCGCUGCUGAGCGCGCAGCUCAAAGGCUUCCCCCUCUACCUGCACUCCAACCUGGGACUGCGCGACUACCGCAUCAACCCCGCCGCGCCGCUGCUCCACGUCACGCGACCCAACCAGGUUGAGCCCGGCCCGCUGCCCGGGGACGACUGGACCGUGUUCCAGUCCAACCACAGCACCUACGAGCCGGUGCUGCUGGCCAGCACCAAGUCCUCUGAGGCGCUGGCCCACCUGGGCCAGAACCGGGCCAUGCACGCCACCGUGAUCCAGGAUCUGGGCCUGCACGAUGGCAUCCAACGCGUGCUGUUUGGCAACAACCUGUCCUACUGGCUGCACAAGCUGGUGUUUGUGGACGCCAUCGCCUACCUGACGGGCCGCCGCCUCUGCCUGCCCUUGGAGCGCCACCUGCUGGUCGACGUGGAUGACAUCUUCGUCGGCAAGGAGGGCACGAGGAUGAAGGUGUCAGACGUCAAGGCUCUGCUGAACACGCAAAACAAGCUACGCGCACUGGUGCCCAAUUUCACCUUCAACCUCGGUUUCUCCGGAAAGUUCUACCACGCAGGUACGGAGGAGGAGGAUGAGGGGGACGACAUGCUCCUGCAGCACCGUAAGGAGUUCUGGUGGUUUACUGUGUGCGUGUGUGUGUGUGUGUGUUCCUCAGGUACGGAGGAGGAGGAUGAGGGGGAUGACAUGCUCCUGCAGCACCGUAAGGAGUUCUGGUGGUUCCCGCACAUGUGGAGCCACAUGCAGCCCCAUCUCUUCCACAACGUCAGCGUGCUCGCAGAGCAGAUGAGGCUCAACAUGAUCUUCGCACAGGAGCAUGGCAUCCCGACGGACAUGGGCUAUGCGGUGGCGCCGCACCACUCGGGCGUGUACCCGGUGCACAGCCAGCUGUACGAGGCCUGGAAGGCCGUCUGGGGCAUCAAGGUGACCAGCACAGAGGAGUACCCACACCUCAGGCCGGCCAGGCACCGCAGGGGCUUCAUACACAACGACAUACAGGUUCUCCCUAGGCAGACGUGUGGUCUGUUCACCCAUACUAUAUUCUAUAAUGAGUAUCCUGGCGGCUCUAAGGAGCUGGACAAGAGCAUACGGGGAGGAGAGCUGUUCCUUACCGUGCUGCUCAACCCCAUCAGCAUCUUUAUGACGCACCUGUCCAACUACGGUAACGACCGGCUGGGCCUCUACACCUUUGAGUCCCUGGUGAAGUUUGUGCAGUGCUGGACCAACCUGCGGCUGCAGACGCUGCCCCCGGUGGAGCUGGCGGAGAGGUACUUCGAGAUGUUCCCAGAGGAGAGGGACCCGCUCUGGCAGAACCCGUGCCACGACAAGCGUCACAAGGACAUCUGGUCCAAGGAGAAGACCUGCGACAGACUGCCCAAGUUCCUGGUUGUGGGGCCACAGAAAACAGGCACCACAGCACUGCACUCGUUCCUGUCUCUGCAUCCCGCCAUCACGGGCAGCUUCCCCAGUCCAGUCACCUAUGAGGAGAUCCAGUUCUUCAACGGGAACAACUACCACAACGGCAUCGACUGGUAUAUGGAUUUCUUUCCGUUCCCGUCGAAUGCGAGCACUGACUUCAUGUUUGAGAAGAGUGCUAACUACUUUGACAGUGAGGUGGCUCCCAAGCGUGCCGCUGCUCUGCUGCCCAGGGCUAAAGUACUAGCCGUCCUCAUCAACCCCUCAGACAGGGCCUACUCUUGGUACCAGCACCAGAGGGCUCAUCAGGACCCUGCGGCCCUCAACCACACCUUCCAUGACGUGGUGACCGCGCCGGCCUCGUCGCCUAGCGACCUGCUGACCCUCCAAUCACGAUGCCUCAGGCCCGGGGAGUACGCCACACACCUGGAACAGUGGCUACUGCACUACCCCUCACGACAGCUGCAUAUUGUGGACGGUGCUCUGCUGCGCUCCAACCCUGCCCUGGUCAUGGACAGCAUCCAGAGGUUCCUGGGAGUCACUCCCAUCUUCAACUACACACAGGCCCUCCUGUUUGAUGAGAACAAGGGCUUCUGGUGCCAGAGGAUAGAGGGAGGACGCCCAAAGUGUCUUGGAAAGAGCAAAGGCAGGAAAUAUCCAGAAAUGCCCCCAGAGACGCGUGCCUUCCUGACGGAGUACUACCGUGAGCACAACCUGGCGCUGCUGAGGCUGAUGAACCGACUGGGCCAGGCCCUGCCCACCUGGCUACGCGGAGAGCUGCAGAACUCCAGCUGGAGCUGAGACACACACACACACACACACACACACACACACACACACACACACACACACACACACACACACACACACACACACACACACACUGACCCCCACCCCAGCAUACAAAACACACACACACACACACACACACACGCAUUGACUUCACCCCACACACACAUAAACAUGCAAUACCACACAUGUGCGCACAUACACUCACACACACACUUGUGCUGCCAGCUGGGCAGAGGGCAGCCUAGAGCUGGGUGGAGAAGCUCGUCAGCUCCGGCCUCCGGGGCACUCAUGGACCUCUCUCCAUCUCUCCAACCAUGGACUCAACCAGCUCAUCUAUGUGUGUGUGUGUGUGUGUGUGUGUUGAGGACAAAUUAAGUGCAGUGAGCACAGGUAUUGUGCUUAUGGGCACAGUGCACGCACACACAUGCACAAACAUCCAUACACACACUUGGUUCGUCCUCUCCCACAGACUUUGCUAGGCCCCUCUCUCUCUCCCUCCUCCUCCUCCUCCUCUCCCAGUGCUGAGGGAAUGGACUCUUAUACGGGAGGAAGAGGGGCCGGAAGAGAAGAUGGAGGACACACGGCCGGACGUAUGGAUGGAUGGAUGAACUCUUAACUGGUGGAUGUGUGACCAGGAGUCA